CGUUUCCCGCCCUCUCUCCUCCCAUUCGUUCAACAACCCGCCGCGUCUGGGCCUAUCCGCACUGAGCUCACAACUUCUGCCAUUUCUUUCUGGGCAGCUGCUACUGGCUUUAGUGAGGACGUUAUUACACCCAAAUACGCAGUCAUGGUCCAGGCUAAGACGUGGAUCCUAACCAAGCACUUUGAGGGCUUCCCGAAGGACAGCAACUUUGAGCUCAAGGUGGAGGAGCUUCCCAAGCCCAAAGAUGGAGAGGUGCUUUUGGAGGCAGUGUUUCUCAGUAUCGACCCGUACAUGAGGCCGUUCAGUAGGGUCCGCAUGAAAGAAGGCGAUGUGAUGAUUGGAACUCAAGUGGCCAAAGUGAUCCAAAGCAAUAACCCAGCAUUUCCCGUGGGAAGCCAUGUUGUUGGUCGUUGUGGCUGGAGAACCCACACAGUCUGUGAUGGGACAGACCUCAUUCCCAUCAUGCCUGAGUGGCCUCAAGACAUCUCAUUGUCGCUGGCUCUGGGUACCAUCGGCAUGCCAGGACUCACAGCACUGUAUGGGAUCGAGGAGGUCUUGGGACUCAAGAAAGGUGAGACCCUGCUGGUGAAUGCUGCAGCAGGGGCAGUGGGCUCUGUGGUGGGCCAGAUUGCCAAGAUCAAGGGCUGCAAGGUGGUGGGUUCAGCAGGGUCUGACGCGAAGGUGGCCUUCCUUAAAGAGCUGGGCUUCGACGAGGCCUUCAACUACAAGACUGUUGGAUCCCUGGAGGAGGCACUGAAGAAGGCUUCUCCAGAGGGAUACGACUGCUUCUUUGAAAAUGUGGGAGGCCCUUUUUCAAGUGUCGCCUUGCAACAGAUGAAGAACUUUGGAAGAAUAGCUGUGUGUGGAAGUAUUUCUGUGUACAAUGACACCACACCUCAGACAGGCCCGUACCCUCAUCUGACCAUGAUCUUCAAGCAGCUUAAGAUGGAGGGCUUCAUGCAGAGCAGGUGGGAGCACAAGCACCCAGAAUCCCUCAAGAGGCUGAUGGGAUGGCUGAAGGAGGGCAAACUGCAUAGUCGGGAGCACAUCACAAAAGGCUUUGAAAACAUGCCAGCUGCCUUCAUGGGGUUGCUGCAGGGAGACAACAUCGGCAAGGCUGUCGUCGCAGUCUGAUGUGAACCAUGGGAUCAAUAGAGUCGGAACAGUAUUACCAAUAAGUGAUACAUUAUUACAGAAUUCAUACAUGAAGGACUGACAACUAACCAUAUACUUUCAUAUUAACAUGUCGAUGUAUCUUAUUUGACUAUUUUUAUAGUCACAUUAACAAAACAUUAUUGAUGAAAGCACUCCUGUAGUUUAGUCGUGAGGAAAUAUGAUUUAUAAUUUCACUGUUAAAGGAUUCAAUCUGAAACGAUUCAUCCUCUAAAAGUUCUUAAAUUGGGAUGAUUUGUAUGAGGCUGAACUAUUCUGUUUUUUUUUUAUGAAUACCAGUAGCUCUUACUGCUAGUUUUUUUUUUUUUUUUUUUUUUUCAUGUGGGAGAGAGCAGACUGCUAUGGGAAAACAGUAAGGCAUGAGAUGGCAGUUUUAGUAAGGAAAUAAGUGAUAACUAUGUGCCAGGAAGUACCUUAAUGGGCUGUGUGGGUAUGCUGCUCAUACAUUCAUUUACUGUAACAUAAUUAACCAUGCGCUUUGUAUUUAGUGAAAGCUUUUAUAUAUGUAAUAAAAACUGUUUGGCUUUUUUUUUAAGUC